CACGGCCUCCCCAAGCCCGCCCCCGUCACAUGAGCCCUGCGGCCCCCCGCCCCUUCCCCAGGUCUCAGGCAGCGGCUGCUAGAAGGCCCAGAGCUGCCUGGGGGACGAGGCCUUCGGCUCUGAGGAAUCCAGGCUGGCCGCGGCCCCUCAUCUUUCCCUCGAGGUCCCACGAGGUUGGGCGAGGCACUCACAGCUGUGCUUGGGCCCCGGCCCCACGUUGGCCCCUGGAGGGCGGCCCGCCUCACACCCAGUGUCGGGAUUCAGUCUCCUGGACCCAGCUCCCGCUCCAUGUCCCGGGCAUCUCCCGGGCAGGAGAGCGGGCCCCUGGCCUCCACCAGCUGCUCGGCGCCCCGGGGUCCCAGGAAGGGCGGCCCAGCGGACAGGAAGGAGAAGGCCGCAGAGAUGCCCGACUCCCCAGCCGAGGUGAAGACGCAGCCCCGGUCCACACCCCCCAGCAUGCCGCCCCCGCCGCCCGCUGCGUCCCAGGGGACCCCACGGCACCCCUCCUUCACGCCCCACACAAAUCGAGAGGACGGGCCUGCGAUGUCUCUGCCCCACGGCCGUUUUCAUGGCUGCUUAAAAUGGUCUAUGGUCUGUCUUUUGAUGAACGGCAGUACACACUCGCCAACAGCCAUCAACGGCACCCCGUCCACGCCCAACGGCUUCAGCAAUGGCCCAGCCACCUCGUCCACAGCCUCGCUGUCCACGCAGCACCUGCCCCCAGCCUGCGGGGCGCGGCAGCUGAGCAAGCUGAAGCGGUUCCUCACCACCCUGCAGCAGUUCGGCAGCGACAUCUCCCCGGAGAUCGGGGAGCGCGUGCGCACACUGGUGCUGGGGCUCGUGAACUCCACGCUGACCAUUGAGGAGUUUCAUUCCAAGCUCCAGGAGGCCACUAACUUCCCGCUGCGGCCUUUCGUCAUCCCCUUCCUGAAGGCAAACCUGCCCUUGCUGCAGCGGGAGCUCCUGCACUGUGCCCGCCUGGCUAAGCAGACCCCCGCCCAGUACCUGGCCCAGCACGAGCAGCUCCUGCUGGAUGCCAAUGCCUCCUCCCCCAUCGACUCCUCAGAGAUCCUGCUGGAAGUCAAUGAGAACGGCAAGAGGAGAACCCCUGACAGGACCAAAGAGAGUGGGUCAGACCGCGACCCGUUGCACCCCGACCACCUCGGCAAACGGCAUUGCACCCUGAGCCCCGCCCAGCGAUACAGCCCGAGCAAUGGGCUGCCCCACCCCACGCCGCCACCGCACUACCGCCUGGAGGACAUGGCCAUGGCCCACCACUUCCGUGACUCCUACCGUCACCCUGACCCCCGGGAGCUCCGGGAGCACCACCGGCAGCUCGCGGUGCUCGGGUCCCGGCAGGAGGAGGUGAUCGACCACAGGCUCACAGAGCGUGAGUGGGCCGAGGAAUGGAAGCACCUCAACAACCUCCUGAACUGCAUCAUGGACAUGGCGGAGAAGACGCGGCGGUCGCUGACCGUGCUGCGCCGGUGCCAGGAGGCUGACCGCGAGGAGCUCAACCACUGGAUGCGGCGCUACAGUGACGCCGAGGACACCAAGAAGGGGCCCGAGCCCGCCACGAGCCGGCCCCUUAACAGCUCCACAAGUGCAGAGGGGUCUCAGCUAGACGUCCACCGGGAGUUCAUGCCAAGGACCCUGUCCGGCUACAUGCCAGAGGAGAUCUGGAGGAAGGCUGAGGAGGCGGUGAACGAGGUGAAGCGGCAGGCGAUGUCGGAGCUACAGAAAGCCGUGUCGGACGCGGAGCGGAAGGCCCACGAGCUCAUCAGCACGGAGCGUGCCAAGAUGGAGCGGGCCCUGGCCGAGGCCCGGCGGCAGGCCUCAGAGGACGCCCUGACUGUCAUCAACCAGCAGGAGGACUCCAGCGAGAGCUGCUGGAACUGCGGCCGCAAGGCGAGUGAGACGUGCAGCGGCUGCAACGCGGCGCGCUACUGCGGCUCCUUCUGCCAGCACAAGGACUGGGAGAAGCACCACCAUGUGUGCGGCCAAAGCCUGCAGGGCCCCGCGGCCAUAGUGGCCGACCCCGUGCCCGGACCGCCCAAUGCCACCACCGGCCUGGGCCCCUGCCUGCCCACAGGUGCCACCAGCCCCAGCGAGGCCAGCUCUGCAGGGCCCUCCCGCCCUGGCUCCCCGGGCCCGCCCGGCCCACUGGACGCCGUGCCCCGCUGACCCCUCCGGGACCCCGAUGCCCAGCCCAUGGACGCCCGCCGACCCCACCUGGCCCCGGCCCGCUGGACACUGCGCUGGCCCUGGGAGCCCGACUGUUGGAGUCACUGCUGCUACUGCUUCUCUCCAAAAGAAAACACAGAACCAACAAGACUGCAUCCAACGCAACUUCCUCAGCUACUGACGAUCUCACGCACGACCUCCUGAGCAUCCUCAGAAACCGCCCACCGAGCUUUAGACAGCAGGGUGGGCCGGCCGGAGCACAACCGGCCGUUCACUGCCUGCCUCUCUCUCUCUGUCUCUCUAUUUUCUGUCUUGAUGAGUUUCACACACUUUCUCUUUAAGGAAAAAAAAUCUAAUUGUUUAGUGGCUUAUAUUUUCAGUGAAGAAUUUUGGGGGGUUUUGUGGCAAAACAGCUACUCAGAAAUGGACAAAGAAAACUGUGGGGUUUUUAUCUCCUUCCUGAUUAAAAAGGGAAAAAGAAAAUGUAUUUUAGAGCCAGAGAUCUGAGCCGCUGUCUCGCCGCAGCCACCCCAGGGGUGUGUGCGUCGCGGUGAAGACGUAAAAAGGAUUUCAAUUUCUGACUCAAGAAGCAUUUUUUGGUUUCAGAUUGUUUUUUUUCCUUUAAUGUCAAACUCUUUGGCUUUAAGUAGAAAUCCAAAAAGUUUUUUUAAGAAAAGUACAGGAAGCAUGCCUGUAAACUACCUUGCCAGCUAGCCAGCCAAGGACGCCGGACACACCUCUGCUCCAAAGGAAAUCCAAAAAGCAAACACAAGAAGUUAAAAAUCCAAAAUGUUUUUGUCACUGCCAAAGUAUUUUCACUGUUUGACUCUGUUCUUGGGUUGGUUCACCCGUCAGUCUGUCUCGCGUCGAUUGUCUCUGGAGUGUGGGUACCGGGCUUUGGAGGGUUUGCCCAACAAGAAGCAACUUUGUUUUCUCUGCCUCGAUGCAGGUGGGGGGACAGCGCGGCCCAAGAUGGCCUGCGUGUGCACGUGUGUGUCUGUGUGUGCGCUGGGGGCGCGCCUGGCUGCACAUCCACUCGUGUGCAGGGGACGAUACCUCUGUCUGUCCUCACACCUUCUGUGAAUUUUGAUCACAUUUCAUUUUUCCCACUCGUGUAAAAAAGUGCUGAUGUGUCCUUCCCAGAGAGAGCAUGAUCCCGAGACAAGACUGCAACAAUCUGUGGGUUGAUCCUUGACCGCUUUUCAAAGCACGAGGAAACAGCACUGGCCUCUGACUCUUCCUCUCCACGCUCCUCCUCUACCUCCUCUCCCGGCUCCACGAGGCCGCCGCCCAUCUCGCCCACCCCAGUGUCUCCUGCACCCACUCUCCUUUCUUCACACUUUUGCAGAAAAAGAAAAAACUACCAACAAGAACAGUUGCCCUCAGGGCACCCUCUGGAGACUUGAUCGGCUGUAUAUAACCCCGCACUGUGUCCAGCUGCUCCGCAGGGGAUGUUCCCUCGGACGCCCCCGCCCAACUCCCCGGCCAUCUCAAGGAGGACAUGAAGGAGUGGGACAUUCUCACCGGUGCUCAGCAGGAGAACAAAGAGCAGACACGGCCCACGAGCUGCACUGUCUGGUGUCGCUGUGAGAAGUGCCCAGGACUGGAGUGCAAUAUGGGGAGCGGCCAGCUACUGAAACCAGGGCUCCCGGCGGGGCCCCACCAAGAGGCAAAAAGUCAAUAGUGUACGUUAAUGUGAAUGUAUAUAGUCCCUGCAGAGGUCCAAAUAACGAUAUUCAUGAUGAUGAUAAUAAAGAAGAUGUUUGCCAAAUAAAAAGAGAAACCUUGGAAACAUGUAAACUUUAGGAAACAGAUUUUCAAAGAAAUCCGAACUGUGGUCCUACGGGGAGCAGUGGGUUUGUUUGAUGGCUGUUGUUUUUUCAGAGUUGUAAGAAUUCAUUCUCUGAGUAUUGAAAGGAAGGCUUCCAUCUAGCUGCCGCUGACCAGGUGCCUCCCCGAACCACCUCGCCUGACAGCAGAAACCUACUUCUGAAGGUCGAGAUAGUUGUCUUGCCCUCCAGAAAGUUCCCUGGCUCCAGCCACCACCUCUGUUGCCCAGUGUCAUGGGCCCGUCGGCCGCUCAGAGGUUUGCUUCUGUGGGUUUCAGAAAAGCCAGGGCCAGCUGGGCUCUGGGCUCCCGAGAAGACUGCGGAGCCCACCUCUCCUGCUUCCAGCCUGCUGUCUUGCUCUCUUGCAAGCGUUGAACAGGUUAACAUGGUGUUUUCAGACGUGCAGUGAGAUGACCUGCCCCCUUGGAGGAGGGCGCUCUUGGACUCUGUCCCACGAGGUGGUGCUGGUGAAUGGGUGGCUUCACUGGGCGUCUGGGCCCCUGAGGGCUCGCGUCCCUGACGUCAGGACUUGGGGGUGAGGCUGCCAGUCUGAGGCGAGUGGUGGAGGAGCCCCUCACCUGGAGACCCGCUGGUCUGCUUUGCUGGCCUCUGUGUCCCUUCCCCUCACAGGGUCCCCUUUUGGGGACAAGCAAGCAGAGACAGUAGCAUGUUGGCCAGCUGGCAAUGUCCAAGCCAGACCAGCCUCCAGGGCCAGACCACAGGCUGAGGGUCUAAGGUCUGGCGUCCCCUCCACCCCAGCUGUUGGAAAGAGGGUGCCCUCAAGCCAGCUAUAAACGGCUGUCCACCAGUGUGGUUCCCACGUCCGUAUCCCGUAUACCAAGAGCGGCACUGAUGGGGCUGCAGAAAUCUGGCAUGAGGGGUGGCGACAGGCCGACCGACGGAGCCCCUGUGGGCCGGGAGUGUCCACAGGAUCGGGAUGGCAGCUAGCUGCAGUGGGGCGGGGGGCUUGCAGUGAGGAAGCCGAGGUCCAGAGUGGGUGA